UAUUUUGAUGGCGGCGGCCAUGAUGCCUGUUCCAGAGACCAAUAGCCAUGGUACAGACAGCCCAAACUACAGAGACAAAUACAAAACUUUGAAGAGAAAACUUAAGUUCCUGCUCUAUGAACAGGAAUACUUCCAAGAAGAGCUCAGAAGAGUGCAAAAGAAGCUUCUUCGUGUUUCUAGAGACAAAAGCUUUUUGCUUGAUAGACUUUUGCAGUAUGAAAAUGUGGAUCAUUCGUCAUCUGAUGAUGAUGGUACAGCAUCUUCCUCAGGAGUCAGUGAUAGUGAGGGACCAAAGGUGCCCAGUGCAGAAAAUCCACCACCAUCAAGUAACAGACCAAAGAAGACACAUGCUGUGAACCAUGGAAUUCCAGCAGAUAGUAUGGGCAUGUUACCUUAUCCUUCUUCAGAUGGAACAAGCAGUGCAGGAGGUGAGCCAGCUGCUGUUUCAAACAAGAAGAGUAUACAGUGUCAAUUUGUAAAUAAUGGAAAUCAGUGUCAAGAGAGAAUCAGUAAAAGAUCCAAGUCAGGGUACUGCUCUGCACAUAGAACAGCUAUACGCAUCUCUAAGCAAGCAGGAGGGACACCACCUAAACAACUGAACACACAUACCAAACCUAUUCUGGAGCCACAACGAGACAACUCAUCCAUGGUGGACCAACAACAAUUGGAGCGCCUUAAUCAACUUUCUGAGUCAAGUAGUUGUACAACUUCUCACGUGCCACAGGCCACUGAAGAACUACCACAGGAGAUGUUUAACGUGGAAGAUGAUGAAAGAGACAGUGAAAAUGAAGAUUCUCCUGGAUCGUCAAGUUUUCAUGGCAACAUAUAUGAGGGUGAUGAUGAUCUUGUAAUCGACUUACCAGAAUAGAGAAAAAUGAUUUGACCAUAAUAAAACCAUCAUUUUUAUGUA